AUGCCUCAAAAUUAUACUGGCACUAUUUUCAAACUGUGGAAAGAAAUUGAUGCAUUAUUCAAUGAGAAAAAGCGUGUCAAAAAGUGGUCCAUGACAAGGCUAUACCCCAAGCAAUCAGUAAUGUCACCAUUAGGAAUUUUCAUAAAAAAAAUGACUAAAAAUCUGAAAGAAGAGACAUUGGACACAUUAAAGUUAUGGGUAUCGAAACAGAAUGAAGUGAUAGAUACUGAACUGAAAAGUGAGGAGGAAGAAGAAAUAAAUCAUGAUAGCUAA